AUGGAUCGGCGUUCCCCAAGUCCUUUGUCCACGCCCUCUCCUGCAUUAUCUUCCAGCCCGACCUCCUUAUCUCGACUCUCCUCUGUGGAGCGGCCGUUAUCGGCUACUAGAUCAGCUUCAGGAAUCCCCGUGUUAGAUGAGACUGCUCAACUCCAGAGAGCUGUUCACACCGUUGUAAAGAGUAGGACAGGCAGCGUGCUUUCGCGAGGAUUCAUCUUGAAGACGGAUCACUACCCCUCCGGACGUGCUCUUGACCUUGAACUUAGCGUUCACGGUGCACCUAAUUUUCGAGCUCCGAGAACGGGAAAUUUGAAUGUCUUCGGAACUGCUCAGCCUCGCUCGCAGGGCCUGAGAGCUAUUCUCUCGAUAUUAAGGUGUCGUCCUGGGGUAUCUGACCCGCACGACUGUGUCUGGUUCUCGACCCGAGAAGAACCCAUAGGUAAAGCUGAAAACCUAGAAGACAUAGAGAAACGCUUGAAGAAUGAUAUUCUACAAGAAUCCGUGAAGUUUGGCGGUCUAAUUCUCACACAUAACGAAGUGGCCAGUACGUCGGACGGUGAAAUCGUUCCUACGUGGACCGCAGUGGAUACUAAUAACGUCAAGACUUCAAGAGAAUUAUGGGAGUCGAUGAAGAAUGAAGGUUGGCGUGUUGAAGAUAAUUAUCUUGACGCAUAUGUGCGCGUCAUUAAGCAAACCGAUCCCAUCAAGACGUCACUUGUAUUUUCAUGCGGCAUGGGCGCCGUACGAACGACUUUCGCAAUGGUUGCCGCGCUUCUCGUCCGCCGCAAACAAAUUAUCGCACGUGGCUUGGAAGAUCCUUUCCUGGCGAGAGGAUCCACAUCGGCCUCCGGGUUCAGUACGCCGACGAAUACCCAAGUUGUUAUGUCUCUGGAACAGGCAAAUGCACAGCAGGAACUGAGCAAAUCGCUUCUACGCCUCACAGCUGUGCUACAGCAAAGUCUCCAAGGUCAGAAUACACUAACUGCUGUUGAGCUGUUGCUUCCACACCCAGCACUCAUGGAAAGCCUGCGGAAGGCCUUGACGGGAAACUACAGUGCUAUUCUAAGUCUGCUUGGCUGUUUGGAUCACGGAACUGCAUCAAAGCGCCUGGCAGACCGCGUUAUUGACUCAUGCGAUCAUGUUGUCAAUCUUCGCGAGGAGAUUCUAACAAACCGCAUACGCUAUUCACUCACGAGCCUAGAUGAGCAAGGGCGUGAGACAUACCUUGACAAGGCCGCCAAGGGAAUCGAGAAAUAUUUCUUUAUCAUUGCCUUUGCUAACUAUGUUGAAGAGACGGGUCUUAAUGAUUUCAAUGAAACCUUUUAUGAUUGGAUGAAGGCUCGUACUGAGAUUUGGAAUCAAGUGACUUACUUGCGAAAGUCCCGUGGUUCCCGAUUGAACGUUUUCGCUCCAGUCCAUGACCUCUCGGCGCUGUCGAAGAGUAGGUCGGAAAGGCUUCUUGGAAGGGCUGUCAAGAACGAUGUAAUGAUAGCAGGUGGGCAAGUCCUUGGGGACGAGUAUACGGACCAUGUCGUGAAGACUCGCAGUGGAGUGAUUCUACGCGAAGGAACGCUCCUGAAGUCCGACCAAUGGCUAAGUGAAGCGCAUGACAUUAUGCAGGGAGUGCGAGGAGCGAGUAACUUCCGGAACAUUGCGGGGACCUCGAUCUAUGCACUCGGUCAACCGAGUACAGAUGCUAUUGACGAAGUUGUACGCCGAGUGAAAGAGGACUACUCGGAUGCGGAGCAUAUCAUAUGGAUCACCCUUCGUGAAGAGCCUGUUGUCUAUAUCAAUGGUGCUCCUUAUUGCUUGCGACGAGAAGGCUUUUCUUUGCGUAACAUGAAAGACUACGGUGGCAUUUCGGCGUCCCGACUCGAGGUGUUAGAGGAGCGCCUUAGAGAGGAUGUCGUUGCAGAGCUUGACAAGUUUGGUGGUCGUCUCCUUUUGCACACCGAGGCUCACGACGGUUCUGUCAUUCCAAUAUGGGAGGACGUCGGGCCAGGUGCGGUCGAGACGCUGAAAGAAAUCAUGGCGCAGCGUGUGCAAAUGGAUGACGGGACUCGGCUGGUUUACCGACGCAUUCCAAUAACGUCGGAACGUCCUCCUGACUUCACGGAUUUGAGCGAUCUUAUGGACGUUGUGACUCGCCUGCAUUCAUCGAAGACGCCGAUCGUAUUGAACGACCAGCUUGGAAGGGGGAGGAGUACUGUAGCUUCCAUUAUCAUUCUACUUAUCCAGCAGUGGCUCCAAAUGGCACAUAGUGAUGCCCGAUCUCGCGUUCCUCGUUCUCCCUCGACUUUUAUGCGCAGAUCAAACAGUCUCAUCAUGGACACUAGCUUUUCUCAGAGCGAUCCUAACCGCCAAUCAUACCAGGUUAUCAAUAAUCUCCUCCGUGUCAUUCGAAAUGGGUUGGUAGUAAAGGAAGCAGUAGAUUCCGCGAUCGAUUCGUGUUCCGAGGCGUUUAACCUACGAGACUCCAUCGAGGAAGCACGGAUAAAUGCCGAGCAGGCGACGAACGAUCAACAGAGGAAGAUGUAUGCGCAGAGGGGUUUGCAUAACUUGAGGCGAUACUUUGAGCUCAUUAUCUUCCGGUGGUACCUCUCGACGAUAGAGCCAGAUACUAUCCGGACUGUAGAGUCAUUUGAGAGCUUCGUGAAGAACCAUCCAGUUAUCAAGACGUUUGAAAAAGAGUUGCUUGCAGAGGACUUGCAAGCGCUGAAGCCACUCGAACGCGUUGACCUCGCGGAAGGCCUGGCACUUCCAGAUGAGGCACGUCAAGUUGUAGUCAACAGAAGGGGGUCAAUCCUCUCGGCGUCGACUAUCCUCAAAAGCGACUUCUUCUCGAAUUUGCAGAAGAUGUCGUUACCAGAACGCAUCGAAGGAUCUCCUAAUUUCCGUCGUGUUCCAUUAAUGGUGCAGUUGAGCUCUGUUUCGACUCCCAAUGGUGCUGCUAUCGAAGGGAAGAUGGUUUGUGGAAGCGGGAUGCCAACCGUCCAGGGCUUGCGACGAGCAUUAGAAAGGGUAAAUGCAGACGCUUCGGGCAGCAAUAUGGUCUUCUGGACCUCACUUCGCGAGGCAAGUGGCAUGGAACCUGUAUUAUAUGUAGCGGGUAGACCGCAUGUUCUUCGGUUGAUCGAUAGACCGCUUGAAAAUGUGGAGGCAACUGGAGUAACUACGCACACGGUUGAAUCCAUGGAGAUUAACUUGAAACGGGAUGUGAUCCGUGAAGUUCGGCUGAACGACGGCCGGAUUUUGCUGCAUGAUGAAGUUGAAGAACGGCCGGGCGUCUUCUCAAUAAUACCUCAAUGGGAAAAUGUCACUGAGGACGACAUUCUUACUCCGCGAGACGUGUUUGAUCUGAUGGCGAAGGAGGGAUACAAGAUCAAUUACGACCGUAUAGCCAUUACUGAUGAGCAAGCACCGCUCCCAGAUGCAUUGUUCCAGCUAUACGAGCGCGUACGUUCUGGACUUGAACAGAAUAUCGCGGGCGACUUUAUCUUCAAUUGCCAAAUGGGCCGAGGUCGCACGACUACGGGCAUGGUUUCAGCAUGCCUAGUUGCGACUGUCUCAGCGUGGAACGGAACAACCGAGGAACUGACCAUCUCAAAUGAGGAUGUCGACAGCGAUGAUCUGUAUGAUUCUCUUGAUGGACCGAGCGAAGAAGAGGCCUAUUUACAAGGGGAGUACAAGAUCAUUUUGCAGCUUGUUGGCGUUCUAUCACACGGCAAGGCGGCGAAGGCGCUGACAGAUCGUGCGAUCGACCUGAUGCAGGAUGUACAGAAUCUCAGGAGAGCGAUCUAUGACUACAAACUGAAGAUCGAGGCACUGCCCAAGGGAAGCGACAAGCAGAAGAAACUUAUGAACCUCGGGGUCAAUUACUUAUAUGGGACGCUGAUCGUGUUUGCGAAUUAUUUGAUUGAACUAAAGGAGCUGACUGCGCAGGGAGACGCCAGCUCGAUGGCAUCAUUUCCGGUUUGGUUGAAAGAGCGGAGAGAGAUUACGACGAUAUUGGGAAGGCGGACCCUUGCGUAG